AUGGGAAAAAUCCAGGUUCAGGAACACACACAAUCAUACCAGGCCAUUUCGACCAAAUCUCCGCACGGGUUACGAUGCCUGAAAGUCCUGUUCAGUGAAUACGACAGCUCUCAGCCCAGCCGGUUGAUUUUGAACAGUCUCUUCGCAAAAGACUUUCAGGACAAUGAAAAUGGCACCGACCGAAGUGUUGGUCGAGACGAGGCUAUCGACAACAUCAUCUCCAGUCGAGCACGGUGUACAAAACACCAAAUGGAUCUGAAGCACGCUUGGUGUGUCGAGAACUCCGGGAGCAGUCAUACGGUGUUUUUCGAGGGAAUUCGAUUUAUGUUUCUAGACGGAGAUUCGGAUUGGACGCGCGUCCCUUUUUCGGGGAGGAUAGAAGUCCGCAUCAAAGAGAACAGGUUCACGCUGAAAGAUGCCGUUGUCGAGGUCGUCACACGAAGAAUGACCUCUGAUACCGGUCAAUUGGUCAGCAGAGAUCUUCAACAACAACGACCACAGCGGCGAACAUCUUCGUCGAGUCCGAUCAGUCCAAUUGAGUCGCCCAUGGGGACCUUGCGACGGUCCACCAGUAAGAUAGCCAUUCCCGCCGUUUCGGAAUUACCAGCUGUGACUACAAGUUUGAUGGAAACCAAGUCCCUACCUUCUUAUCAAUCUUCGGAACUGCUCAAAGGAGCCGCUAUAGGGACGCCGACGGUUAUUUCAGGGAGUUCAGGUGAUGGAGAAUUGAUGUUGAAGCAGUGA